CGGAUAGCGAAGUCGAAGAAGUUGGAUACUUUGUGGAAACAUCAUCUAUUUGGAUGCUGCUGGAGAUUUUAAGAAGUAGAUCCAGCGUGAUUCUGAAGUGGAUCACUCCAUAAAGUAAUUUUAAACUGAAAGGGUACAGUGUGAGUUUAAGCGACUUUUGGUGUGUUCGUUCGGAGGCGAGUUGGCCUCGCUAAGUUCUUUGCUUCCACAGAUCGCGCGGACAUUCGGCGCCAUGGCGGGCACGGGAGUUGCAGCUUCUACCAUCCAGUCACCGGGCUCAUUCAAAAACCCCAAACUGCAAGCCGUCAUUGACGUCGACAUUGACAAAAAUGGAAAGAUGAAAUAUAUUUUGUUGAAAAUACACGACCCUGACAAGGACAGAGAAUUUAAACACGUGGUUCGAGGGUACACGAGAUUUGAGUAUCAUUCUGAUAUAUACAAUGAUGCAGCCCCUAAUAUUGAAGCUCGAGAACUAGACUGUGAGAUUGUGGGGGGUGGCAGAUUACAACACGAUCACUCCAAGAAAUCAAUUCAUAUCUAUGGCUACUCUCAGGCAUAUGGACGCGCUGAUCACAGAAUUACUGCAGCUUUACUGCAGAGGAAAUUCCAUGAGUAUGAGAACAUUACAUGGUCGAAUGAUGGAUAUUAGCUGACAAACUUAAAAGUCUCAAAUGUGGUUGACAAUUUGAACAUUUUUGUCAAAAGAUUCUUGAAUUCGUUGAAACUUUGAGUUUUGUCUGGCCAUGCAAGUCUUUCUUCUUGAACCUUGCAUGAUCAUGUGCUAAAGAGGUGAAGUUGCUUCCCAUUGUCAACCCGAGACCUGCCACCAGAGGGCUGGAGG